CUAAGAAAUAAGAAAAGAGGAUCUGUUCUUACAUGCUGUUGCUGAAGAAAUUAUGAGCCGUAUUGGAGGCCGUCACUGGAUUUUUUUCAUUGGUAGGGAAGAGCCAGAAAGGAAAGGCUGAGGGAGGGAGACAGCAGGGUUUCUCUCCAAGGGCUGAAUCAAAAAGGCAAAGAGCAGCGGAGCCGUGUCAAAGCCUACUGGUGAUCUGGCUUGUCAUUCUGGCGGGGAGGGGAGUGGCAGGCCAGAGAAACAGCGCUUUAAAAGAGACUGAGGAAGUGAACCUGCGAUGCUACCGUGAAGCAGCCCUUCAGCUAAAGCGAAUUACUUACCCAGCCACCUAGAGAUCACAAGGAAGAGCACCUUGAGGUGAAACAACGCAGCGAUGAGGAGGAUGGCAAUGAAAAGCCUUUGGUUGUUCAUUUUUGGUACAAUUCUGGUGACUGCUCAUGCCCUCACUGUGGAAGCACCUGCCAAGGAAACACAGGUGGCACGAGGGAACAACGUUACUCUUGUCUGUCAUUUCAAAACGGAGGCUCCUAUUCACUCAGGAGACAUUGUUGUCUGGAGGAAAAUCAAUAGUGCGGAUGAUGCUGUCACUAGGUAUUUUGAUGGACUUGUACAGUAUGGCAGAGGCUAUGAAAACCGUAUACAGUUUAGUGGUGAUAUAAGCCAAGGGGACAUCAGUAUCACCAUCAAUGCAGUGACCAUGGAAGACAAUGGGACAUAUGCAUGCAGCGUUCGUCUACGGAAUGACGCCCCCAGACGGACUGCAACCUUGGCUCUUUUUGUCCUUGUUGCACCAUCCAAGCCAGAAUGCCAGAUUUUGGGGACACCAGAAUACGGACAGACAAUCAAUCUGACCUGCAUUUCUCAUGAGGGGUCCCCAAAGCCCAGAUAUACCUGGCAAAGCUUCAAUGUACAAAAUGAGCCCCGUGUACUACAAAGAACAGAAGGGGAACAAAUAACUCUGAAGAACAUCUCGGCAGAUACUUCUGGCUUUUACAUCUGCACUUCAGCAAACACUGUGGGAAAGGAAUCUUGCAACAUGACAGUCAGCGUUGUGCCACCAUCCAUGAACAUAGCUCUUUACGCUGGCAUCAUUGGUGGAGCUGUUGCUGCAAUUAUAGUUAUUGGUAUUUUAGCCUAUUGCUGCUGCUGUCGGGCGGAGAAAGAGCAGGACUAUGAGAUGACGGAGCAACAAGAGAGAAAUGAACCCUCUAACAAGACGCCUACAAGGAAUCAGAAUGCUGAGGAGGACUACUGAAGAUGAAGAAAGAAGCAGGAGGCCAAUGCCAUCUUCAGGAUUUGCUGAGGCACAGGCACCCCUGUAGAAAAGAAGUGAAUCCCUCUUUCUUACUGCACGAAGGUUUUUUUGAGAAGUAAAAUGAAAGCUAAUGGCUCUGCCUUCAAGAUCUUGGAGAGAAUACACUUGUCUCCCUGGAAAGAAGCGCUUAACGUACAAUGAGUACUAAUACAUAACCUCAUAGCAGAAAAAUGCAUGUGAAGCACUGCUUCACCCAGUCAUCCAAAAAUAACCAUUCUUCUAGACUUCCCACUUUCUGAAAAAAGAAGCGAGUCAGGUCUAUUUGGAGAACAGAGUUGCUGCUGUAUCCCGAGAUCCACAGGUUUCAAGGUCACCAACUGCAAGUCAUCAGGGAAGAGUGGUCUUGUUCAGGGUGUUAUACAAGUGUCACAGCUUACAGCAUCGCCCACUAUAGAAAAUAUUUUAUGCAGACCAAAGCAAGCUGAUUUUUAAGGACAUUUUAUUAAAUGUGUUCUUUGUAUACAUUAUACAUGCACAUAUAAAUAAAAAUAUGUAAAAAAAAAAAUCACAGAUGACCAAUGAAAGUCUCCUGUUUGGAACAACCAUGCAUACUAAUGCUAUAAGAUAAGGUAAGAAGUUAGAUGGACUUGUAAUUGGCAGCUGCUAAGAUCUAGAAACAGCCUAGUAGCCUAUAUACUGUCAGAUUCCUGAACUUACGAGUUGCAGCUCAGAGAGCUCCUAAACACUAAUUUUCAUUACAUUAUCUUUUCCUCCUGGCUGUUGUGUGGGCACGUCAGAAAUAGUCCAUUGCUCCUGAUGCUCCUUCUGAAAAAAUGACAGUGAGAGAGCAUAUACAAGGCUAAAGUACAUCUUUAAUAAAAAGAAGGAAGAAAAAAAAAAAGGAGGGAAAGGAGGAAAAGUACCUUUUAAUUCAAAAUUGUAACAAUUUUAUCAGAAGCACUGUGUGUGCAGGAUCUGUGCAAACAUGGAGAAAACUCCCAUCACUAGUAUCUUAUCUUUGGAAGAGAAUGA